AUUGAGAGCUUGCUUACUUGUGCUAUAUAAGAAUGAACUAUUAUUAGUAUUAUCAUUAUUAUUAGUGUACUUAUGAAAAGACAUUUAUUUCCUGAAAUCGAACCAAUUUGGUUAGGGCUUCAGUAAACGAAAGUAGCUGUUAUGGUAGUCCACCUAAAUCUAAGAAUUAUAGACUUGGCUUAUAUUUUGGAAAAGUUAGCACAACAUGACAACCAGAAAAAAGCCACCAGUUAAACCAAGACCGACGAGGAAUUCACGAAUAAAAUCCGAAGGAAAUGAACAAGAUUACAGGAACGAAAAUAUAUCGUACCCAGGCUAUGAUUGUGAGGGUAAAUAUGAGCCUCCGGAUAGUAAUUAUACCCAGGUUCAGAAAAAACGUGAUAAUCAAAACAUUGGUGUAAACAGGGAGGAUCUACCUGUACGCCUACCAGAGCCGUUCAAGAAGCAAACAAAUGUAACACGCGAGGCUACUACCACAGAUUCAAAGACACGUCCAGUAAGACAUGACCCGCGGCCGAAGAGUAUGCCUAACGCUAAGACAGAAUUGAUUGCUGAUUUAAAUAAAGUGCUUAAAGGUAGGGAGAUUUCAACGGAAGAAAAUAGGAAAAACUUACAAAUCCCAAGUCUACAACGAAGUCAAGAAAUAGGCCUGCAUGUAAAAUUCAAUGAAAGAAAGCAUCCAUCACAGCAAUCUGAUGUUAUUGAAAAGUACACACCAGAGCAAUCUGGUGUCUUCGGAAAGUAUACACCAGAGCAAUCUCAAAAGCACACUCGAGAGCAGCCCCAUGUCUUCGAAAAGCAUCCAUCAAAGCAAUCUGAUGUCUUUGAAAAGUACACACCAGAUCAGCCUGAUGUCUUUGGAAAGAAGUAUACACCGGAGCAAUCUGAAAAGCACACUCUAGGGCAGUCCGAGGUCUCCGAAAAGCAUCCAUCAGAGCAAUCUGAUGUCUUUGAAAAGUACACACCAGAUCAGCCUGAUGUCUUAAUAAAGAAGUAUACACCGGAGCAAUCUGAAAAGCACAAUCUAGGGCAGCCCCAGGUCUCCGAAAAGCAUCCAUCGGAGCAAUCUGAUGUCCUUGAAAAGUACACACCAGAGCAACCUGAUGACUUUAGAAAGUAUACACCAGAGCAAUUUGAAAAGCCCACUCGGGGGCAGUGUCAGGUUUUCGAAAAGCAUCCAUCAGAGCAAUCUGAUGUCUUUGAAAAGCAUCCACUAGAGCAACCUGGUUUUUUUAGAAAGUACACACCAGGGCAACAUAAUGUUUUUGAAAAACAUACACCAGCGCGAUCUGAUGACUUUGAAAAGCACAUACGAUGGCAGACUCAGGUCUUCGAAAAGCACCCACCAGAGCAAUCUGAUGUCUUUGAAAAGCACCCACCAGAGAAACCUGCCAUUCCAAUUAAACAGCUGGCCCACGGAGUCCACACAAUGGAACCAAUCACACACUAUCAACGCCAACAGGCUCAGAAAACAUUUGCCAAAACUGAAGGUCAGCAAACUGAAGACAAUUUAACCGAAUUUUCAAAAGAAUGUAGAUACUUUCUUGAUCAUGUAAAGUGGCUACAUGAAAAUGUAAAGGAAACAAGGGAAAAGUACGAAAACGACGAGAUGUUGAGGGUUGUAUUAUACACAAAAGAACAGAAGAUGUUUUGGCACCUGGGAGAUAUUGAAUAUGCUUUAAACAGUUUUACAGGUCAUCUAGAAAAAGUAAUGGAAGAUUAUGUCAAAAUAGUAAAGUUGGUGAAUGAAUGGCUGAAAGAGAAUUAUUUUGAGGCGUUUGAGAAUUACUACCUCAAUUCAGACAUACAACAGAGCUUAGUCUCACAUGUCAAAGAAAAUCGUCCAAUCUUUCAUCAAGUUUUACAAGAAAAGCAUUCACAGACGCAACAGCUAAAUCGAAAUUAUUCUUUCGAAGAUCUUGAGGCUAGAUUUGAGGAACCAAAAAAAUGGUACCAUAUUCUAAAUUACCACCUAAGGAGACUGGACGAGGCGCACACGCGAUGUUUUAACGUUACAAUGGAAUUCAAAGUCAUUCAGUUCGAAACUAUGAAACUGCUGGAGGAAAAGCAAACUAACAUUAUAGAGAAAAAAAAACAGCAUGCAGACCAUCCUUGGACAAUCAUUACCGCUCUGGAGGUAAUUAUUGCAUUAUAG